AUUAUUGGUGGAGAGGAGACUGGUUGGCUGGCUGCGAAGUUGGCCACGGCCUUCCGGAGCUUAAUUUGGGUUUGCAUUUCCUCAAGACAAGAAACUAAGAUGAGCAACGACACCUUGACCUGGUUGUUGACCAAGAACAACAACGCCUUCCUCGUGAAGGGUGUCCAGCCCAACUCGGACUUCUCGCGUGCCUCGUUCAACUUGUUGAACCGCCACUGCCGCAAGUACGAUGCCCUCUCGGCCAACAAGGCCGUCGGCAUCACGCUCAAGGACAAGAAGAUUGUCUUGACGACGAAGAUCGCCAAGGCCGUCAAGACCCCUGCCAAGGCCACCCACUCGGUGCCGCUCAACAAGGGUUUCCGCGCCAACGCCCACACGAUCCGCGCCGAAAUCUCGCGCAACUUCUACCGUGGUGACCUCAAGCGCGCCGCCCUCGCUCGCUGGACGCAGCUCAACCGCGUCGCCAAGAUCGAGAAGGGUGUGCUCAAGAAGUCGGUCAUCAAGACCAAGCGCAACCAGUUCAAGGCGUAAACACACUGCUAUUGUGAUCAACUCGAAAUGCAGGAAUGUUUAUUGGGUCAAGCCCGUCGACCUCGCCAUGGCCGGUGUGUUUGCCUAACAAGGAAUGCAAGUCUAGGAAUUCUUUUGUCUUGUCC